AAUCUUAUCUCGCGCGUUCAUCGCUCCCGCGCCCGAGUGGCCCGUUAUCAUGUCGGGGCCGUCACCGUUCGCACGUUGACGUCGCCGCGCAUUCGCAAUCGUCUCGUUGUCGUCGUCGCCGUUUGCUCGCUGUCCCCGUCAUCGACGCGCACCAGUACCAGCCGUUCGCUUCCGUCCGCUGCCGCCGCCCAACGGUUCAUUUCGUUCGUUCGCUGUCAAUGUACCGCGUUAGCCGUUAGCCGCCCCGUCGUACACGCGUACGCCGACGGGAUUUUCGCGCGGUCGGCAAGUGUUCGGCUCGUCCCGCUCGUUACCGUUGUCGCGAAACGGCGACGCGCGUCCGUUUACUGCGUCACCCACGGUUCCGUAGCCGGGCCCGUUCCAGGUCUUUGCGGCCAACACACCGUGAUUUCCUGUCCGAACCGUUGUUUUGGGUCGUCCAUACGAUGGGCACGUCUCUGCGCCGUACACGUACGCCGUCCGUGAAGAAACAAACGGGUUGCUCGAUGGAUGUUAAGUUCAACUCUUACGAGUACCAUGUUAUCAGAAAGUUUACGUCCAUGAGUUAUGGCAGCAAAUGUAGCCUCAUGGACAGGAUCAAAAUGCGCAACAUGAAUAGUGUGUGGCACGAACUACUGACGUACUUGCAGUCCCCCGACGGUGUCUUGAAGAUUUAUAAAGUCGAAUGUACACCUGGUGAAAAUAACAAUUGUGUAGCAGCCGACUCGCAGCCAAAUUAUGUGAUAAAACGCAAAUUAAAAGCUGUGAUACGUGCUAAUAAGGGUCAUGUUCAGUGCUCAAACAUUCCAAAAAAUUUAGGUAAUUCAUUACUAGAUGAUCCAAAUUACCUUAUAGAAAUUAUAGAAAACUAUCCAUCUCGUUUAUUGACGUUUUUGAAAGUUGAAUUAAAUCAACAUUUGAGUUCGUUAAAUAUUCCUUAUUGUACACCAUUGUCAAGAUAUCUUCAUCGAUAUAACAUUGUUGAAAUGUACUUAGACAAUAUUUUAAAAAGUGGAGACGACAGUAAGCUUCCAGCUGAGAUUUUUUACUGUAAGAAUAUUAAAGUUUUAUCUCUCAAACAUAAUCAGUUGCGACAAAUACCAAGUUCAAUCGGUCGACUUUCAAAACUAGAAGUGCUUAUACUCACUGACAACUUGCUAACUGUACAGUCAAUUCCUUUUAGCCUAACAUUUUGCAUAAAUCUUAAAGAAUUAUACGUUGACGAUAAUCAACUUGAAGCACUACCUGGGUUUUUAACGAAUAUGAAUCAUCUUGAGUUGGUUUAUAGAUUGGGGAAUCGUAAUUACUUCAAGUCAUUUUUUUUAUGGUAUCAUACUGAUUAUGAUCACAGAGUUCGUAAAGAAAUUUGGAAAAACUAUUGGAUAAGAGGAGAAACUGGUCCAAGACCUGUCUUUCCAUCACUGUUAGACCGUUGUGCUGAAAAAAUAUUUUCAAGUGGCAUUAAUUUUUUUAAUGAAGAAAUUCCUGAGUCUUUAAAACAUUAUAUGUCAUUAACUUACUUAAAUUACAAUAUAUGUAAUUUUUGUAACAUUGCAACUGACUGUUCAAAACCAGGUUAUAGUACAGUAACAUUUUUGAUUCCUUAUCUGGGAAACACCUGUGUGCCAUUUCAACAUUGGGCAUGUUCUAAAGAGUGCGUUCUUGCCAUUGAAGGUCCAGCAAAAAAGUUACAGCUUGAAGGAGCAAAGAAACUAGACAAUGAGUAUUCUCAUUACAUAGCGAAGUCUAAUAAAAUGGACGAAAACUCAAAAAUGAAACAUAACCGAUGUUGUAUAAGUUAACUAUCAAAAUAAUUCGACAAGUUCAUUAUUAAUAAAUAUGUACUUUGUUAAUAACUAUUAUGAGACUGAAUUAUAUUUUAAUUGUGAUAGAGUGUUUUACUCAGUUACCAACUAUUUAAAAUAUAAUCCAAAAACAAAUUGAAUUGUUACUGUUUAUAUAGGUAAGAUGAAUACAGUUUGAUAUUUUUAAACUUUUUCUUUUGUAAAUUAGUAGAUUGAGGUAACUCAUUUUGU